CUACAUGUCAAAAUCAUAGCCGCUUGUCAUUCUGCAAAAACUGGCAAAAAGAAUAACUGAAACACCUACAUAAAUUCAUAAGCUGAAACAAUAUUUAACUUCGUAUUAAAAAUAAUAUAACAAUGGCUUUUAUGGGGGACACGAUGAACCCCACGCCGUUGUGGCAAAACGGACCGUCGCCUGGAGCAUUUUAUAAUUUUCCUGGAAAUGCUUCCACAAUUGCUCCAUCCAGGCACGGUGUACAGGAUUUUACAGCUCACUCAGCGAGCCCCAUCACGACCACCACAACGGUCAUCGGAGUUAAGUUUGACAAGGGAUGUGUUAUCGCCGGUGACACACUGGGCUCGUACGGGUCAUUGGCCCGGUUUCGAGACUGUCCCCGCGUGAUGAAAGUCAAUGACUUAAUACUCUUAGGCUGCGGAGGAGACUAUGCUGAUUUUCAGUAUUUAAAGGAUAUCAUUCAACAAAAAAUCAUUGAUGAGCGCUGUGUUGGAGAUGGUCUCCAGCUCAAGCCCCGCUCUCUGCACUGCUGGUUGACUCGUGUCCUCUACAACAAGAGGAGCAAGAUGGAUCCUCUCUGGAACAGCUACGUGGUCGCCGGUAUUCAGGAUGGUGAACCCUUUCUCGGAGCUGUUGAUAAAUUGGGAACAGCAUAUGAAGAUGCUGUGAUCUCGAACGGGCUAGGAGCUUAUAUGGCGACUCCUCUACUGAGGGACGCAGUGGAUAAAGGACCUCUGGACCAAGAAACUGCUAUUGCGGUUGUACGUAAAAGUAUGGAGGUGCUUUUCUACAGAGAUGCUCGCGCGUUCCAACGCUACCAGCUCGGCGUGGUCACGGCUGAGGGAAUAAAGAUCACAGACGAGGAGCUCAAGCAUGAUUGGUCGUUGGCUCACAUGAUACAAAUGAAGUGAUUUUUUGUUUUUAAAUAAAAUAAAUGUUUUUUCAAUU